AUGAAGAAGAUAGUGAUUAUUUUGCUGGCCCUGGGGUUCAGCAGUCAGUCACACGCUGACUAUCGUGGGGAAUUGGGCAUUGACUACACCCGCGGCAGCGUGGGUGUUGGCAGUAGUUAUAGUGUGCCCGACUAUACGCCGCCAACGGGUGCUACUGAUCCAGGCGAGCCGCCCAUUGAUCCGCCACCACCGGAGUUUUAUGAAGGUGGCGACGAUGACUUCAGCGGUUGGACGAUCAGCGGCCAGUAUUUUCUCGAGUCCGUGGACACGUCGCAGGGGCCAUUGCAGCUUGCUGAAUUCUUAAGUCGCGCGAGCAGCAUUGGCGGCAGCUAUGGCCAGCUCGAAACCGACGAUACCAACAUUGAAACCGACAUGUGGCAGGUGUUCACUCGUUUGAUCGUCGGCGAGUCGCUGGUGGUUGAAGCCAGCUAUGGUCAGUCUGAUAUCGAUACCGCUCCGGGUUCAGUGGACGUGGACAUGUACACGGUUGCGGGUGGCUAUUACAUUGCGGACAACACACAGGUGCGUCUGGGCUACGAUGUUGAAGAACAACAGCUAUACGAUUUUGAGCGCUGGUUGAUAGACAUCACUCAUGUGCAGCAGAUGGAAAAUGGCAUGACCUGGCAAGCCCAUGCGCUGAUUGCGACGGUCACCGUCGAUGCCGAUUUCGGACGAGACGAUGAUGGUUCCGACCUGGAGCUGGCGUUCAAAUGGUUCUUCAACCAUAACUUCGGUAUCGGCGCGGAUUAUCAGAUGUCGGAUCGCGACUUCAGCGGCGACAGAGACGCAUACCAGUUGUGGGCGAGUUAUUUUCCCACCGAUAAGAUCUCCGUUACGCUGAGUUACUAUGAUGAAGAAAACGAUGAGUUUGACGUAGAUAGUGACGGCGUUGUGGUAGGCGGCAAGCCCGGUUUUGUGACACGGUUUGUUGGCGGUCUGCGUUUAGCAGGCUGCCUCGUGCUGUGGCUUGUUGCAGGACACGCAGUGGCGGAGGUGCCUACCGAUGUGGUUGUGCGGGAUGCCCACCUCUACAUCGGUGAUGCUCCGCCGCAAGACCAGUUGCUGUAUCAGCCUAUUCAAUUUACCGACUACUGGACCCGCUCACGUCGCCAACAGGGCGUGAACGGGGUCUAUCAGCUGCAGGUUGAUGUUCCGAUAGGUGGUGGCGCUGAGCGGUUGCCCAUGGCGGUUUACAUCGCCAAUCAUUCAGGUCGCGCGACGGUGUUGUGGGAUACCAAUGUUAUCGGGCGCAGUGUGCCGCUGACGGGUGUGGGCACGCCUAUGGUGUCAGGGCCGCUACUGCUCAGUAUCCCUGAUGAACUGCUGAGUGAAGGCACACAUGAACUGUUAAUAGAGUUUCAAGGCAACACCACACAAACCAACUUCAUGCGCAGCCCGCAAGUCCUGCCGCUUUAUGAUAUCGAAGCCAAGUUUGUCUCGAAAAAGCUGACCCUUGUGUAUCUGCCCGUUUCGCUGGGUGUUUUGAGCAUGAUGUUUGCACUGGUGUUUUACGCAGCCUAUUACAAGGAUGCAGCUGCAGGUGGAGUGAGCUGGCUGGUGAUUGGUCUUGUUGCGUCUGCGUUUUCCGUGCUGGGGCUGUAUGUCUCUGUGCCAGACCCCUGGGCGGAAUGGCUGGGGCGAGCGCGACCCGUUGCUUUUCAUUUUUCGUUUUUGUGCUUCUGGCUGGCUUUGCGCAAAAUGGGAGGUGCGGCAGGGAAAUGGUUCAUAAGUCUUCUGUUGUUUGCCUAUCUUGUGUUUGCCGUUCUGACGUUAACCGUCGAUGCCGCGCAGGUAUAUAUGGUGGCGGUGCUGUGGACACCUUUAACCUACGUUUUAGGUCUAUACGUGCUUUAUCAGGCUGUCCGUUUAGCGUCGCGCCCGCCCAGAAGAAUUUAUGCCUUGCUGCCCUUGGCUCUGGUGCCUGUCACGAUAGUCCAUGAUGCGUUGGGUAUUGGCGCGGGUGGCGAAUUCUGGGCUGAUCAGGCACUGACGAUUUACAACCCGCCGCUGUUUGCCUUUGCCCUGAUCCUGAUGCUGGUUGCCCGUACGCGCAUGCAACAAACUGAUCUACGCAUCUUGAAUGCGCAGCUUGAGCAGCGGGUACAGGAAAAGCACGCGGAGCUUGAGGCAAACUACGAGAAAAUCUCUGCAGCUGAACAGCGGGAGGCGGUUUUAAGUGAGCGUGAGCGUAUGGUCCGCGAGAUGCACGAUGGUCUUGGCAACCAGUUGGUGUCUACCCUGGCAAUGGUGGAAAGUGGCCAGUUUUCCAGCGCGGAAGUGGAAGAAGCGUUGCGUGAUGCGUUGGAUGACCUGCGCAUUAUGGUGCAUUCUCUGGACCAGCAGGAAACGGAUCUUCUGGGGCUCCUGGCCAUCGUUCGGGAGCGCCUGGAGCCACGCCUGGCGCGUCAGGGACUACGAUUCAACUGGCAGGUUGAAGACCUGCCGGAUAUCGCCCCGCUGGAUCCUGAGGGCGCGGGCCACGUCCUGCGCAUCGUCCAGGAAUCGCUGACCAACAUCAUUAAACACGCCCACGCAGAGACUAUUCUGAUUGCGACCCGGAUUGACGGUGAUCGUCGCUGUUUGAUUAUUGAAGACGAUGGCUGUGGUGGUGGCGAUUUUGUGGCUGCAGCCGGGGGUGGGCGUGGUCUGGUGCAUAUGCGUGAACGUGCAGCACAGCUGGGUGGAGAGCUUGAAGUGACUGCCGGUACAGGUGGCAAAGGCACUCGAGUGACCUUGUGCCUUCCAGUUGUACAGCCGGACACCUCAUAG